UUUUGGGGGGCCUGGAGCCGACAUCGUCGAGAUGUGGGACACCAUGUGGCCGCCGCUGUUGCUGCUGAUGAUGGGACUGGUGGUGGGACAGGCCUUCGACUACUGUGAUCCGACCUUGUGCCCUGGUCCGGAGAAGCAUAUAGCUUGUAAUAAUUUUGGCGAGCUGGCAUCCACUUGUAGUCCGGAUGCCCAUGUGGUGCGCAUUACGACUGCCCGCCGCAUCAUGAUCCUGAACGAGUUGAACGAGUACCGGGACCGUAUUGCCCGGGGAGAACUGAUGGGCUUCAGUGCCGCCACGCGGAUGGCCACUCUGCAGUGGGACCCCGAACUGGCCAGCUUCGCCGAGCUGAAUGUGAAACGGUGCGCUUUGGUUAAUGACCACUGUCGGAACAGUGAACAGUUCCGCAAUGUGGCCCAGGUGGUGGCCGAGGGUGGUUGGCAGGGGACAUCGAGUACUCCGGAUGCAGGGACCACCCAUUCGGAUCCACAUAGGCCCCAGGAGGAGUUCCACACCGAGGACGAGGUGAUCAAGGCUACGUUGGAUCAGAUGUUUGCGGAAUACAAGGAGUGCAGCAUGCGGGACAUCGUCGCCUUCAGCCCGCCCAGCAGCAGAAUCCUCCACUUGCGGAUUAGCAAGUGCAUUGCCUACUUCACACAGCUCGUCCGGGACAGCACCACCCACGUGGGCUGCGGCAUCCUGAGGCAGACGAAGAACACCACCAACGAGUCCGGCCAGUGGGUGCCCAGUGUCCACCAGUACAUGACCUGUAACUUUGUCCGGGCGGACGAUGUGAAUGCUCCGGUCUACCAAAGCGGCGAUCGCCCAGCCUCCGACUGCCGCACCGGACGGAAUCCGCUCUUCCUCAACCUCUGCUCCAUAAACGAGAUCUACGACACUCCCAGUUUCCAUGGAUUCCUCUAAAAUGGAAAAAUCAGAUAAUUGAAUAAAGAUUUAAAAUUAA